AUGCCAUUUAUGCCUUGCCUUGCCGCCCUUUUGGGCUGCAGCUCCACUCUCAGACGUCUCCAUCUUUACGAAGACACGCUUCCGUCGUCCACCAAACUCCGAGCUAACCCUUUUGCGUUGCUCCGCAGGGCUCAGUUCUCUGCUAGCCGUCUCAUCAGCGUCCCCCAGCUCGAGUAUGAGCAGCUCAAGAAAGUCGCUCGUCAAUAUGCCAAUCUUAAAGAGAAUCUCAUCAACGGCGGCGUUACUUUGGCCACCAUCGAUCUUCUAAGCUGCGAUGAUUCUACGUGGGGCCAACCGCAAGCACUCGCGGCAGCUUCCAACACCGCCGACAAGGAACAUGUAGCUGUUGACAAUGAUACUCAACCUGCCUAUCUCGACCGUGGUCAAAACUUCCAACAGGAUGGCCAGUAUCUUGAAGGGUCUCCUCCGACAGUCGUGGCCAAGCAACAGGGUGAGGCUCGUUACAGUCGCUACCAAAGCCACCCUCACCAGUGCUGGCCAGACCCGAACGCCGAACCUUCGCAGGAUAACGGUUCUCUUGAGAUGGGGACACCGGGAUUCACUGGCCAGGGUGCCGGGUUUCCCCCUAGGACCCAGUACGAACGCAUAGCCACGCGCACCCUACUGCUGUGCAACCUUCCCGAAGGCACCACCCACGCAGAUAUCACGUCCGUCGUUCGUGGCGGUCAGCUACUUGACAUCUUUCUUCGAGCCCAUGAUCGGUCCGCCCAGGUCUCCUUCCUCAACUCGGCCGAUGCCAAAGCCUUCUACGACCAUGUGCGUCGUCAUGACCUCUAUAUUCGGCACAAGAGAGUCGAUAUUCGCUGGAGCGAACGCCAGUACAUCCUCCCUCCUCAUGUCGCACAUAAGAUUAGUGCAGGCGCCACCCGGAAUCUCGUCGUCAGGCGUUGUGAUCCCAAGCAUACAGAGGAGAAUCUUCGUGACGAUCUUGAGCACAUUCACAACCUAGUUGUGAUUCGUGUCACUUUUGUGGGAAGCAGCUGUUUCAUCAGCACCAAUUCUGUCAAUAACGCCAUGUUCGCUCGUACCUGCAUGAUGAGCCGACUAAAAUACAAGGGAUCCAAGAUUGAAUGGGACAGCGACGAAUGUGCGCAACCCAUCCCGGCAGCCCGUCCAAAACCGCGCACUCAGCCCGCCCCUGCAAAACAGGGCCUCAAUCCUUUGGCCAACCGCUUCCAGUUGCUGGGGCUAGAUGACGACAGCGAUGACGAAGAUGAAGAUGGUGUGGCGCUCGGUUUUCGCACCCCCAGCUCGGUGGACAUAGCCGCUUGA